CAUACUUUCUCCUAAUUUUUUUAUGCGAAUGUCGUAACUUCCAGGAUAACACGGAAGUUGACAGAACUAUGUACAUUGCGGCUCACGGUGAGCUCUGACCAGCUGCGUGUUCUUCAUUGCCAGGAUCUUACAGUGAUGAAGCCUGCCAUAGCAGAGAAGUCGGGAAAUACCCCCUCCUCUUGGGUGUGUGUGUGUCCCAGAGGCCUUAGGGAGGUUCAGUGCAGGCACAUAGAGCAGGGAAGAGAGUCUGGUCACACUGGAGGAGAUGGGGCUUUAUCAUCGAGUGACUGCCCACGGUUGGGUUCUUUGUGUCAAGUGAGAGUCCGACUCAAAGAGGGUCCGGAAAUGGGUCAGCUGGAUGCGAGCCUGUCGGUCACACCGGACCAGCCAAUCACAGAGCUGACUGGGACGCAGCCAAUACCAUUCCCACGUGCUCUAGACACUGUCCUGCAGGUCCCGCUGGGUGAUUGGACGGUGCUGCGACUCGGGGACGGUCAGUGUGACAUCACAGAGAGCUGCCUAGAGGGGAUGACAGCUAGAGGCAUGUGUGAGAUAUUACUGACCCCAGUGAGACACGGUUCCAAAGCCAGCGCUGACUUGGUGCUCUGCCCCGGAACCGAUGAUGCAGAAGGAGAGAACGCCACAGACCAGCCUCUGAGCGCCAUCGUCGAGCUCCACUCAUUCACGCCAGGCAGGGAAUCCUGGGAAGUCCCCCCAGGUGAGAAGUGGAGCUGGCUGAGGUCGCACAAGGAGCGCGGAGGAGCCCGGUUCAGGAGCGGCGACGUGUGGGGGGCCGCAGACAGUUACAGCCGUGCGCUCAAACACCUCAUUACCCUCCAGCAACACACGCGGGAUACAAGCGGAGGGAUGGAGGACAUAGAGGAGGAGGAGGAAGAGGAGGAGGAGGAAGACCAGCAGACAGGCGAUGCCACUCAGCAGCCACCCUCAGAAGCCCCUCUCCCCACCCUGAGGGAGUACAGAAGCGUCAAAGCGGAGCUCCACUCUAACCUCUCUCUAUGCCAGCUCAAACUGCACCUACCCGAGAGAGCCAGGACCAAUGCUGCUAAGGCCGUUCAGCUGGAGCCUGACGGGGCCAAGGCCUGGUACCGGCUGGGCCAAGCCUGCCUGGAAGUGGCUGAUCUGGGGGAGGCCAGGAGAGCUUUUCAGAGGCUACUUGAGCUGCAGCCAGACUCGUCCACUGCUCAGAAGGGACUCAGAGAAGUGGGGAACAGGGAGAGGGAGACAAACAGCCAGUUAGGACAGAGACUCAGUAAAAUGUUCAGUUGAGUUUGGACUGAGAUCGAGCGGGUGUUGGAAUCUAGCUCCAGAAGUCUGUAACAUCUUAUCAGAUCAAAACUGCUUGUAAAACCAUUGGUGUUACUGGUGCUGUAUUGCUUGACCACUUUUAUAAUUGUCAAGUGCACUUCAAGGAAUAUUUAUUUUCUGAAUGUAAAUCUAUGUAGGCCACAUUUUAUAGUAGCCUAGCUAUAUGAGAGACAUCAAUAUUAAUGAUGAAUGGUCAACUGAAGAUUUGGAUUUCAAAAUAAAUGCUUAUAAUGAAUCCCAGCAUGGGAAGCACAAUUAUCCCCAAUCCUUUUUCCAAAACAAUUAUGAAUUGAUGAUUUAAAGAUGAUUUAAAUUGAAAAUUGUAUUUUUCAUUGUAAAAUGUUUGUUACAUUUCUUGGGAGCUUCCAGGUUGGUCAAAAGUUGCUGUGAGAUUAGCAAUGACAAAGUCAACACCGCUAUAGGCCACUAAAGGACUUUUUCAUUGAUCCUGUUCAACCAAAUAGUAGGCUAUUU